CAUAAAUUCUCGCUAACAGCACUUGCCCCAACGGUCUGUUAAAGGCUACACGGAGGGGUGGGGGAUCUUUGUCUUUGUGUGUUCCAGUGGAGGGUGGAGGACCUGGAGGCGCUGGCUCCCCUGCCGUGCCGGCGGGCUUGGUGACGCUCUCGGAGAGCGACUCCGGGCACGACGAGUGGCGGUCGCCCCGCGUGCAGUCCCUGGACGAGGUACCAGCGCCCUUCGCCGCCGUUGCCGGAGACGAGAACCGGCGGCCCCCACGGGACCGCUCCUCCGUCGACGUCGUCACGGACGCCGAGGCUCGGCCGGGGGAAAAGCGACGGAUGGACCCUGGCUGGAAAAGUCGUGAACCCGAAAGAAAAGAUGAAAUGCAACGCGAGCCAUCGAGGAAAAAUGGUCAGAGUGGCAAAGACGUGACAUAUAGCCGUGCAGUUCCACCCGGGGCUUACGAGUUGCCUGAGAAGAAGCGUCCACCGGCGACUUCAAAUGAGCCGAGGGCGUUGAGAGAGAGAGGGGAAGACGACGACGAUGAAGGGAGAUCCCUGAUGCCUCAGGCAGUGGCUGAGUCACCGCAGAUGCCGUACUAUGACACCAAGGGCGAGAGAGACGCAAGGCCUGCGGAAUAUACACCGAGAAGAGACGAGGCUCUGAUUCAGCCACUGCACCCGCAAUUACGACAAGAACAACAACGACAACAAGAACAACAACAACGACAACAAGAACAACAACAACAAGAACAACAAAGACAACAACGACAACAAGAACAACAACAAGAACAACAACGGCAACAAGAACAACAACGGCAACAAGAACAACAACGGCAACAAGAACAACAACGACAACAAGAACAACAACGACAACAAGAACAACAGCGACAACAAGAACAACAACGACAACAAGAACAACAACGACAACAAGAACAACAGCGACAACAAGAACAACAACGACAACAAGAACAACGGCGACAACAAGAACAACAGCGACAACAAGAACAACAAGAACGACAACGGCAACAAGAACAACAACGACAAGAACAACAAGAACAACAGCGACAACAAGAACAACAACGGCAACAAGGGCAACAGGAACAACAACGGCAACAAGAACAACAACGACAGCAAGAACAAGAACGGCAACAAGAACAACAACGGCAACAACGACAACAAGAACAACAACAACAAGAACAACGGCGACAACAAGAACAACAGCGACAACAAGAACAACAACGACAACAAGGGCAACAAGAACAACAACGACAACAAGAACAACAAGAACGACAACGGCAACAAGAACAACAACAAGCACAACAAGAACAACGGCGACAACAAGAACAACAGCGACAACAAGAACAAGAACGGCAACAAGAACAACAACGACAACAAGGGCAACAGGAACAACAGCGACAACAAGAAUACCACACACAGCAAGAACAAGAACGACAGCAAGGACAACAGCGACAACAAGGACAACAAGAACAACAAGGACAACGGCGACAAAAACAACAAGAACAACAACAACAACAAGGACAACACGAACUCAUGACGCAGCGCGGUCCUCCUCCGCAUGCCGAGCAGAUGCAUCGUGGGGGUGGCGAGUGGCUGGAGACGCGACCCGAACCGGGGUCCGGCGCGAAGCGAGCGGACCUCCCGGGACGAGAGGGCUCACCUCCGCCACACGGCGAAGCGGAGCCGGAGCCACGACCUUGGGGCCCGAUGGCCACGGACACGAGAGGCCGCGAGCCAGACGUGUCGGGGAGCCUUCGAGCGGCGCAGCCCAAAACCGGCCAUCAAGGAUCCGACAUCGACGCGGAACACCCGGGCAGACUGCCAUCGACGAUAAUUAUCGGACCGGUGAAGUACAAGAGGGGAUCCUUGUAUGCGCCAGACGGCUCGGACAGCGACUCGGGCUCCAAGGAGCACCGCUUUACAGAAGGCGCCACCGCAGGGUUUUCAUCCGUCGAGACGCGUCCCCCAUCGGAGGGGAGCCAAGCGCGGGCACGGCCACCGACGGACGAGCACGGUGGAGGCUGCGUCUCGGGGCACGGCUGCGCGGGCUCCGCUGGAGCAGCGGCCGUGCAGCCGACACUCCCAUCGCAUCACGUUCCCCAAACGACCAUCGUGAACGUUGUUAUAAAAAGACCAAACCGCUCUAGAAACAAACAGGGGAGACAUAAGGAUGAACACGAAGGUAGAACCAAACUAAGGAGGACCCUAGGCAAUAGCGCUCCAUCAAAAUCGACAUCAUCAUCAGCAGCAACAGCAGCGAUCCAGAGGCAUCCCGGCGAUGUGCGUGGCAGCAGAACAAGCUUGUCUGCAUCCACGCAGACUUACCCCGAGCUAGAUGCGUACGGCACGAAGAGCGAGUCUUCGGAUAACGAGGAGUGCACGGACGAAAGGCCGUCUGCGUCUGUCGCGACGCAGACCGUACCGGGGGUUGCUCGCGGGAGGGGAGAGGAGGCGCUUGUGGGCAGUAGUGGUGUCCAGGAGGCUCGUUUCUCGCAUGUGGAUGGGCGAAAUGGAAACAAGCAAAGACUGCCGCGAGCAUUAGGCAGACAGCCGUGCCAGUGGUACACAAAGGGAAACUCCGGCAACGAUAUCGAAGAAGCCAGAGAGAGCAUGGACUCCCACGACGAUGAGCCGUAUCUGUCUGCCGAUGAUUUCCUUGCCGAAGACAGCGCGACGGAGCGUUGGGAGCAGAGUGGAGCAGAGCGACUGACGUGGAAAGGGGGACUGCUCCUGAUACAGGGAUCGGAUGAAGCAACGGUUAAAACAAUUCAAACAUCCACAAAAAAGGCACCACAAUGUGGCCGAGAAUAUUUGCAGCAUGGCACUAAGGAGCAAUUGAAGGUGCCUCGUGAACGCGGCCUGUCUCCCAAAAUAUUUGAGUCGGGAAAAGCGGAAGCAGGCGCCCGGACGAAGCAAGGUCACGCGGAACAUCAGCGGAGCGCGAGACAGCAAACGGAGAGAGGGCCGCAGCGGGAUGCAGGGGCCAGCUCCGAGCCGUCGCCAAGGCUGGCGGCUCAAGUCGUAAAAGAGCAACGCGGUCGGUUAUCGGUGUCACGAGAAUAUCGUGCUGAGGCUCAGUUGACUGCGAGCAAAGCGUCGUCGCGAGACCGAGCAGACUUCCAAACGGAGGCCGCAGUCGCUGUGAACGAGGCUGAGAGUGCGGGGCCGGAUUGUAGCCACGCGCUGCACCGGUCGCAGCCGAUGUGGCUCGGUGAUGUAGCCGCUUCGAUGAGUUCAGCUUUUACGGACGAGUCAACGCAAAUGGGAAAAUCGCUAAAAGGUGGCGAAUUAAAGUCAAGCGUUUCCACAGUUUAUUCGGACGCAGCCGACAGACUGCUGCUGAAAACGCCACGUUCAGGGAAGUGUGAAAGGCAAACGUACGUGUCAUGUAUGGAAGAGAGUGAGUUCAGGAGAGACGCAGAAGAUAUGCAUUUACAAAUGUUUCACAAGUUGAGCGCAGACCAACGGGACAGCGGUGCAUUGAAAAGCUUUGGAAUGUCCAGAAUGCAAGUUGAGUUAGAGAUGCAAGAGGAUGUGAGAAGACAAAAUAGAGACUUGAGAUCGGAAGUUGAUUUGGAGAUUGAGGAUGCUGGGAGGUUCAAGGAUCGCACGAGUUGGCAAGUGCAACGUGGACCGAGCGAAGUGAUGGAUCUGAGGAACGUGAGUUCUGUGGAAGAACACGGAGGAAAUAGAUUAGUUGGACAAGCCUUACACUUUCCAGAUGAGGAGGAGUGUGCGAGGCUGUGGAAGGUGGUUGGCUGCUUGGAGGAGCUCGUCCUCACUCUGGACAGACACAUCCCGUCGCUGGGCCAGGGACUAGAGGAGGGCACCGGUGUGGGCCUGCAGCAGCCUGGGUUGGUCGAGGCAAGUGGAGGAGACUGUGAACUGGGAGAGCUGAUCGUGGAGGAGAAAGAAACAUGUUCGGAGGUUAAAAGUUACUUGGAGAACCUGAGCAAAACGAUAAAGCGUCACUUGAAAGCCACUCGCCAGAACGCUGCGGGCAUGGCCAGCGGAAAGGAAGCCAUCACGGGCGUGCCCUUGCCGCAGCUUGGCACGGAGCUGAUAGAGCACUACACGCACUCCAUUGCCAAGCUGCUGGAGUCCUACCUGCACGCACAGGCUGCGCUGAUGACCGCCUCGCGGAGCAGCGUCGCCCAGAGGCUGGAGUGUGAGUGCCUGCAGAGGAGCUACGACCAAGCCUUGGCCCGGCUGCAGCAGAUCAAGAAUUCUCAUGGAACCGGUGCUCGUGUUGUUCAGGUGGAGGUGAUCGGAAUCGAAAAGGAGAUCGAAACCACCAAGGAGCGCGGCAGCGACAUGCGGAACAGGCUUGACGCAGCGCAGGCCGAGGCUCAGAGGAUGAGCAGCGAGAUCCUGGAGAUCAGCGGGGAGCUGAGGGAAUCGGCCAAGGAGUGUGAAGCUCUGGAAACAGACCUGCAGACUGUCACUCAAAUAAACUCAGAGGGAGUUAUAAGAGGACCUGGCUGGGACAGAGCUCUCCUGGAGAAGCGAAUCAACCUUCUCAACGACAUGCUGUCCUCGCACCAAAAGAAGAUCCGAGACCUGGUGGCCCAGAUGGAGGGGAUGAGGUCGAAACUCGGCGAGGAGAAGAUGACAAAUCAUCAACUGACGACGGAGAUCUCGCAGCUGAAGUAUGAGAUCCACGAGAUGAAGUUUCUGGUGGAGUUUCUGGAGUCUGAGCGUGAGCUGGAAAAGAGCAAACUGGCCACAGGGUGGGAUGGCGUAGAGAGCAACAGCGGGCAUGCGACGCCCGUCGUUCCACCUCUCCCAGAUGCCACCGCCGCCGUUCCGAGCCAACCCAGCCUGCCCGGCCUGCACAGCCAGCCCGGCCUGCCCAGCCUGCCCGGCCUGCCCUUCACGGAGGAGGCCAUCGCGGAGCCCAUCGCGGAGCUGAGCGUGGCGCCGGACGUGAGGAUGGGAAGUGAGCAAGCCCUGGAGGUGGACGGCGAUGCCCUCUCCUCCAGCAAAUCUGUUCAAACUGACCACACGGAGCCCGUCCUCGUGAUCUGCAAGGAGGAGCUGGACUGGGACGUUUCCCCGCUGGAUUUCUUAUUCGACCACUGCGAGCGGGAGAGCGACCUGCUGAUGGAACGGAUCCAGCGCCUCGACUCCUUUGUGCGCGUGCACAUGGCGAACAGCCGCUAAGAGCGACCGCGUGCCGAACGCCGAGAGAGCGCGGCCCCAUUGUGGUUGUUGGUGGUGCCCAAGGGUACCGCGGGUAGCUACGGCUAAACCAGGACUUAGGCCCUCCGCCCCGCCUCACCCCACAUACCGCGUUGUGCCAGUUUAUUCGCUCGCAUCAUUCAAACGCAGCCUCUGCAGGAAAACUCCUUCGAGCUAGAGCCGGCGAGAGCGGCGCAAGGUCACGGCUGCUGUUGUCCCCCCCCGUACUUCCAAUUAGCACGGUUGGCUACGUACGGCGCGAAAGAAGUUCAACAUAAAUACACAAACAUAACACUGAUGUCAAGUCCAUCGCCUUGCGUUCUCUUUUGUUUCAGAGAUUGAUAUUCACAUACACACAUAUUUCACUUACCAAUAAUUUUGUAGUAUAUACUUUAAACAAAAAAUCCACCCCCACAAAUUUAUUUCAGCACUCCCCCCCCUUUCCAAACAUGUUUUCUCCCACCGUCUGUGGUGGUGCUUGCGCAAGACGCACACAGGCAGAUGGGGAACCCCCCCCCCCCCCAGAGCCCGCUGGAUGUACGCGCGUACACGCCGGUGCAGAUGCAACUUUUACAAUUGUUGUAUAUCCACUAAUCUUGUUUGAUUAGAAAGCAGCUUGCAGAGCUCCACCUUCACCUUUGAUCUUAAACGUUUCAGUUCUCAAGCGUCUUUAAUGAAAUGCUGGCUUUUCCAUCUCUCCACUAUGCGCUUAGGCUUUCAGCGGCGGUGCAACGUGACUGCUACAUUAUUAAAUAGGACCAGAUAGCUUUGCAGCAGUAGCAAAAAUAAGGUAAUGUUGGAGAAUCCGUAGCUGAAAGUCUUAAUAUGCAGGCAAUUUACAAAACCAAAUGCUGGUUGCUCGUAAAAAAGUGGUUAAAACUUUGGGUGAAUAUACAAUCGUUGUCUGCUUUUGGGAUGGUUCAUGUUGAGUGUUGAAAGUUUGCUACUUAAAAAAAAACGUACUAAAUAUUUUUUUGCAGAUGUUGGCAAUAAUGGACAUGGAAAAUAAUAAGUGAUGCAAAAUUCCAAUAUUUACAUUAGCGCCCUUGUGUGCCAUACAUUGUCAUGUCGCUCUAUGCGUGCAGUUGCUAAGGAGUACAAGUAUUAACAAUGCCUUGUUUAAAACUUCCGUAAAUUUUUGGCCGAUAACAGCAUGCGUGUGUGUGCGUGCCAAGAGUAGUCGAUUGGGUUACAUACUAAGGGUUUCUACGUAAGAUUAUAAUUGGUGAUUUGUAUUUGCAAUUUGAGAAAUUAUUAUGCAUCGUCGUUUAUUUACAGAAACACGAGCAUGACAAAUGUAUGGCAC